GCACGAUUGUUUAUUAUAGGUAUGUUGUCGCCGUGGACGUGUUUCGUUCUUCGAUCGUACGUUGUUUAAAUCGUGUCUUGAUGCCGUUGAUAAGAUACGUAAGAUGGUAAGCUCAAUUAAUAACACUACAAGGAAUGAUAUAAUAUAAUAAUGCAUUGCUGCAUUAGUCUUAAGAAAUUCACACGCUGCGCAUUGCGAUUCCGGGACAUUUUGGGUAAUCAAUCGGCAUCGGACAUCGGGUAAUCCAUAAUUUGGGCGAGUAAUCGUGUUAAUAGUAAAAUAAGUCUUGUUAAAAAUUCAAACGACAUCGCUUAAAAACGGAUAUGCAACAGCUUCCCUAUCGCAGGCAGCUCAAGGUAGUAAACAUUGUUGCAUCACGAAGUCACAAACACCUGGGCACGAAUAACGCGCGUUUGCGAGCUUGAUAAUCAAACCCUGUCAAAUGAUUUUGUAGAAGGACAUACCAACCAGGUCAACAAACAAAAACAUAAUGCAACCAUAAUUCAAUAAAAUGGUAAAGAUUGUACUACACUGGCGCUUAUCUUAAGCCUCCAUCAUUGUCCCUCACAAAGGUAGCGCUAAGGAAGCUACAAGGUAAGGAAAGAAUUCGAUUGUAUGGGAUGAUCAAUCCAAUAGGUUUCACCGAAAAUCAAUCCGUCUGGUGCUGUUGCCGUGUGUCGGUUCUCGAUAAGAUAAGUAACUAUAACCUACAGCAACCGAGUUUGUGUUGUAACGUCACGAGGCAGUGCAUCGGUGAAAAUAAAUACAUGUUUUCGACUAGUUUUCGGGACAGUCGAGCGUGAGGCAGGCUAUUGGAUAGUGUUUGGAAAGUUUAAGUACAACAGGAUACAACAAAAUGCUUAAAGCGGUGCUGAUUGCCGUCUAUCUACCGUCGUUAAUUUACGGCAUUGCUGUGAGACCAUGUGCCAACAAUGCUCCCGUACCGCAGGAAGUACGUGUCGUUGGCUGUACCGCCGAACCGUGCACGGUGCAGAUCGGUGGGCUGGUCGACAUGGAUCUAGACUUUGUGGCACCCCGGGCCACUAACGGUAUGCGCGCCACCCUGGACAUCUUUCUUGGAACGUUUCGGGUGCCGUACGAUCUGCCGGUGGAGCAGCAGAAUGCGUGCAACUUUUUGAAGGAUGGCAGCUGCCCGUUGACGCCCGGUGAGUUUGUCAACUACCAUCUGAGCACACCGGCGGCAGCACCGUUCGCGGGCAUCACCGUUGAUCUGCAGCUGCAGCUUGCAGACGAUAAUGGACAGGCCUUGAUUUGCUUCCGAUCAUCGGCUAGAAUUGUUUCGGGCUAAACUAUGGGAUUUGGCACUUGUUGAGUGAGGAAUAAAAAUAGCUAUUUCCAAGUAAA